CGACAGGACGCGAGGCUGCUGCCAGGGGCGGGAAGCGACUCCACCACCGAGCCUGGUUACCUAAUUACAAGGCUGGGGGCUUUGGACGCCAGGGUCCUCUGAGAACGCUCGGGGGCCUGGAGGGGCGGGGCCAAGGCUUCCAGGGACUUCUGGGAAGCUUUGGGAACAGCUGGUUCUGGGUUUUGAGACGCUCCCCUUGUAGGUACAAGGAGGUCUGGACGACAGUGGGAACUCAGGCGGUGGUACCUGAGGCUGGGGUCUGCAUCCUAGGCUAAGGAGGGAGAAUAACCAUCCGGAGGGCUGGGGGCAUGGACCCCUUGUCUUGAGAGAGGAGACAGGGUCCUGGGGAAAGUGGGGUUGGUGGCCUGAGAGAAAGGGAAUCUCGUGUUCCUUUCAUUCCCUUCCCCUCCCUUCCCUUCCCUUCCCUUUUCCUUUUCCUUUCCUUUCCUUUCCUUUCCUUCUCCCCCCCUCCCCUCCCCAUCUUCCUGGUCUUAACUGACUUCCUAGAAUUCUGAUGUCUUAUUUUGGGAUCUACCUGGGGGACAAGGGAUUCAGGGCCCACCAAGCCCCUUCCUCUUAGGGAUUCAAUCAUGUAAGCUUUUCUUCCCUUGGGGUCCCAGGCUUUCUCUUCUUUUGGCCACUUCCCUUAAUCCGAAUUCUCAAGAUGCUUCCCCUUGCCCCCUUAAAGAUCCUGUUGAAUGCUCUCUCAUAGUCCCCUCUUCCCUGAAGAUCUCCUGAGUCCAGCCCCCAGCCACUCACCAAGGCGCAGGAGGGUGCCGAACAGCGCCAAGGCCAGCAGGAAGGUCCCGGGACUCUCCGACAGCCUCAUGGAGGCGCCCAGCAUGGGUGGGGCCCCACGUGGGAGCGCCCUGCAUGUCCAGACUCGUCCUGCGGGGGCCGUGGCGCCUUGUCUCCCUUCCCUUCUCCUUUACCCGCUUCUGUGUUUGGACUGUCGCCGGCUCCGACCCAGCCCACGGCUGCAUGCCUGGAUCACACGGGAACUGAACAGAGGGGUGCUUGUCAGCGGCCGGGGCCAGGCAUGGCUUCAAUUUGGGAGUGACUUCAUCGCCCAAUGAGAAUGGCGAAUUUUUUCUAGGGACCAAUCCCGGAGGCUUCUCCUGUUGCUAGGCGCCCGGAAAGUCGUGCGUGCCUGUCACUGGGAGGCGGGGCUAGAGGGUGGAGGGGUCGGAGGGAGGGGCCAGGGGAAAGAUCGUUGCUAGGGAACUCAGCACCGCCUACUGGAGAGGCGCGACUGGGCAUGCGCGGAGUCGACGCGCGUGACGGCGCGCCGCGGUUCGAAAGGCCCGCGCCUCAAGCGCCUGCGCAUUGAAGCUCGCACAGAGGAGCAGCACCACCCCCACCUCCCUUCCCGCCCCCAAACCCGGACCCUCUUUGAGUCUUCGGGCGAGGUGAAACCCACUACGUUGACAUGCCGGAGAUCCGCCUCCGUCAUGUGGUGUCCUGCAGCAGCCAGGACUCGACCCACUGUGCAGAAAACCUCCUCAAGGCGGACACUUACCGAAAAUGGCGGGCUGCCAAGGCAGGCGAGAAGACCAUCUCGGUGGUCCUGCAGCUGGAAAAGGAGGAGCAGAUCCACAGCGUAGACAUUGGGAAUGACGGCUCCGCUUUCGUGGAGGUGCUGGUGGGCAGCUCGGCCGGAGGGGCCGGGGAGCAGGACUAUGAGGUCCUUCUGGUUACCUCAUCUUUCAUGUCCCCUACUGAGAGUCGCAGCGGCUCAAACCCCAACCGCGUUCGCAUCUUUGGGCCUGACAAGUUGGUCCGGGCAGCAGCCGAGAAGCGCUGGGACCGCGUCAAAAUUGUUUGCAGCCAGCCCUACAGCAAGGAUGCCCCCUAUGGCCUGAGUUUUGUACGGUUUCACAGCCCCCCAGACAAGGAUGAGGCCCCCCCAGAGUCCUCAUCCCAGAAGGUGACCAAGCUCGGCCAGUUCCGUGUGAAGGAGGAGGAUGAGAGUGGCAACUGCCUGAGGCCGGGGGCUCUCUUCUUCAGCCGGGUCAACAAGACAUCCCCAGCCACAGCCAGUGACCAGGCAGGACCCAGCUACGCAGCUGCUACACUCCAGGCCUCUGGCGCCGCCUCCUCAUCCCCCCUGGCCUCCAGAGCUGUGGGUAGCGCCUCCAAGCCUCAGGAGAAGGGGAAGAGGAAGUUGGAUUUGAACCAAGAAGAACAGAAGACCCUCAGCAAACCAUCAGCCCAGCUCUCACCCCCCACCCUCAAGAGACCCAAAUUGCCCGCUCCCAGCCGUACCCCAACCCCGACCCCAGCCCCUCCCCCAGCACAGGGGGCCGUGCCAGGGAAGCCCCAGGGAGAAGGCACCAAGCCCAGGGGACCCCGAGCUGGUCCCCAGGAGCUGGGGAAGAUCCUUCAGGGUGUGGUGGUGGUGCUGAGUGGCUUCCAGAACCCUUUCCGCUCGGAGCUCCGGGACAAGGUCCUAGAGCUGGGGGCCAAGUAUCGGCCAGACUGGACCCCGGACAGCACCCACCUCAUCUGUGCUUUUGCCAACACGCCCAAGUACAGCCAGGUCCUGGGCCUUGGAGGCCGCAUCGUACGAAAAGAGUGGGUGCUGGACUGUCACCGCAUGCGUCGGCGGCUGCCCUCCCGAAGGUACCUCAUGGCGGGACCAGGCUCGAGCAGCGAGGACGAGGGGGGCUUGCACAGCAGCAGCAGUGGGGAUGAAGCUCCCAAGACUCCCCGCAAGCGCCCCCCGAGCAAAACCAAGCUCCCUCAGGCAGCAGGACCCAGCCCGCCCCAGAAGCCCCCAACCCCUGAAGGGGCCCCAGAAGCCUCAUCAGAGCCCCAGGAUGGUACUCCUACCGAGGGGGAGCAGUCAGAAGAACAGGAAAAUGGGGCAGAAGAUUCUGGGGACACCGAGGAUGAGCUGAGAAGGGUGGCUGAGCAGAAGGAACAGAGGCAGCCCGCGGGCCAGGGGGAGAAUGGUGAGGACCCGUACGCGGGCUCCACGGAUGAGAACACAGACAGCGAGGAUGGCCCAGAGUCCCCAAGUCUGCCGGUUCCUGAGCUGCCAGACUUCUUCCAGGGCAAACACUUCUUCCUGUACGGGGAGUUCCCUGGGGACGAGCGGCGGCAGCUCAUCCGAUACGUCACAGCCUUCAAUGGGGAGCUCGAGGACUACAUGAGUGACCGGGUCCAGUUUGUGAUCACGGCGCAGGAGUGGGACCCCAGCUUUGAAGAGGUGGAUCUACAGUUGCAACGAGAAGCAGAAGUUACUUCCCCACCAGCUGUAUGGGGUAGUGCCCCAGGCCUGAAGUACGUGCACACACACACGUGCACACACAGGAUGAGUUUAAUAAAGGUGACUUGGUUUGGAACAGCUGUCCCCUCUCACUGUGGAAUCUCCCAAAAUUUCAGUCUUAUGUUGGAUUUUUGCUUCCCCUCUGGGGUCCAGGUCUCUGGGAUACCUUAAGACUCAUGUCCUGGG